AUGUUGCUGAACUGGAAGCUACUGGGGGUCCUGGUCCUUUGCCUGUAUGCUGGAGGCAUCUCAGGCAGUGGGGACCACCCCUCUCUCCCACCCAUGGAGGCUCAAGAGGAGGAAGGCUCCCCAACAUUUCCUCAGGCUUCACCAGUCCCUGGGGACCCCUGGCCAGGGGCACCUCCUCUCUUUAAGGAUCCUCCGCCUCCAGGCUCCAGUCGCCCUUGGAGAGACCUUCCUGAAGCUGGAGUCUGGCCCCCUGAGCCGCCCAGAACUGAUCCACCUCAACCUCCCCGGCCUGAUGACCCCUGGCCAGCAGGACCCCAGCCCCCAGAAAACCCUUGGCCCCCUGCCCCAGAGGUGGACCACGGAGCUCAGGUGGAGCCAGACCUUGACCCACCCCAGGAAGAGUACCGAUAA